UUAAACGACAGACCAAUCACUUUGUUAUAUAUUAUACCUAUUUUGUGAUACAUAAUUGAUUAUUAUUUUAUUUUUCAAUCACUUGUGUGUGUGUUUGUUGCGGGCAUACAUCAUCACCGUAGGCAUUUUUAUAAGAUCCAUCGACGUGACUAGUCGUGGUUCUGUUUGAAAAUAUGGCGUCUGAUCAACAACGUUUUAUUAUUUUUUUAAAUAAUAAUUAACAACAAACAAGAAAUCAAGAUAUUAUAUUUGGCUGCAGCGAACCUGGAAAUUUUUAUUUAAAAUUGAGGUCAUUUCGGCUCUGCUGUUUGUGAAGGAAUAAAAUAAUAUUUGUUUGGUGAAUAAUAAUUAUUGUACAAAGUACCAUCCACCUCUUCGUUAAUAUUGUCCAGUUCUGAUGUUUAUACCAUUUGGAUUUGGCUAUUUAUAUUAUUAUGAUGGGCUACUGGUCCCCAGGAUAUGGAAAGUAUGGUCGAAGAAAACGGAUCAGCCGUUGACCCAUUGUCGCCGGAUUCCCAUAGCGGUGAUUCGGCACCAGCAAUCGCUACCUCGGUACAAUCCUUGAGCAGAUCUCAACUGCAAACUCAUCACCUGGUAGCCUCCACCAGCAUUGUGCAACUUACGUUACCUACGUCGGGGACGACGCAGGUACAAUCAGUUAUCCAACCAAAUCAUCAAUCUGUGAUCCAGAGUGCUACAAAUAUACAACCUGUAGCUAUUUCAAAAGGAAAUGUAAUACUUGUCAGUAAACCUAAUUCUGUUAUACAAUCAGCGCAAGGAAGUUUGCAAGCUUUACAGGUCGUUGAAACAGCCAGUGAUGAGAGUUGUUCAGAUGACGAAUCACCUAAAAAACGACGAGAUUUACUCACAAGACGUGCUUCAUAUCGUAAAAUCCUAAAUGAUUUAAGCGCGAGUGAAAUAGCCGCGGGUCCUUUGCCUCCCCUUGAAUCCUCUCUAGAGUGUGAUUCUAAUGUGGACAGUGACAUGUCUUCUCAUUCACUGCAAUACCAAACAGUAAUACCGGCGGGAACAAUACAAAUAGCUACCCAGGGGGAGGGUGUGCCAGGGCUUCAUACGCUGACAAUGAGCAAUGCAACAACGGCAGGAGGUACAAUAGUGCAGUAUGCACAGGGCCAGGAUACACAAUUUUUUGUCCCAGACUACACAGGCCACGGAGUCGUUGUUGAAGACGCAGCCAGAAAGCGUGAGAUGAGGUUGCAGAAGAAUAGAGAAGCAGCGCGUGAAUGUCGAAGAAAAAAAAAGGAAUAUAUUAAGUGUCUGGAAAAUAGAGUAGCUGUAUUAGAAAACAGAAACCAAACGCUCAUUGAUGAGCUUAAAACACUAAAAGAGUUGUAUCAGCAUCAGCAAAAGGCUGAAUGAGAUUCGAAAUUUGUAAUUAUUAUUUUACGGAUGUCUUUAAGCAGACCAAUGAACAAUCUUAUGCAGCGUGUAUAUUGUAUAUACGUUGUCCCGUACGUCGUUGGUUUAAAUGAUUAUUUAUGAUUCUCAAUUCUACUAAGAGGUGAUUUGUUUUCAUCUUCAAUAAAAAAAAAUAUAUAUAUUUAUAAUUAAAAGAAGUUAACAAACAAAUGUUUUAAUUAAAAUCAUUGAACAAAACCAUUCUUAUAAAUAGGUGUCUGUAUCAUAUUGUAUUUAUGUAUUGAAGUAUGAUGAAUCUGAUGAUAAUGAUGAUAAUAAUAAUAAGAAUAUUAAAAUAAUAAUAAUUUUAAUUAAUACAUUAAUAAAUGUAAUGAUACUAAUGAUGAAUGUAAGGUUUGUGACUUGCGGUGACUUAAGCCAGAAGCCAAAGGUUUUGUUCGUGGAGCAAACGAUUGGAAGAAAAAAAAAAAAAAAAACGGAAAUUAUUAAUAUUAAUCGUGCACA